AUGAAGGCUGAGUCUCAAAAAGGUAAAGAAUCAUCAGAUGUCCAUCCAAGCACAUCUAAAGAUCCUAAUACAGCUCCUGUUUCUGUUUGGACACGAAGCAGUCAUUUAAAGCGUCCCAGGAUAGGGAAAAAAAGCCGGAAAUCUGAACCUGAAAUUCCCCAAGGAGUUGAGAAAAAUGCUUUUCAUAUGUCAGAAAGCAGGCUGGAACUUCCUGCCCACACAUCUGAAGGCUCUAGAGCCUUAGUAGAAGUACCUGAGGAGAAUACUGUUGAGAAGCAUGAUGAAAUGAUUGCUGAAAAUGAGGGCCAGUCUGUAUCGGAAGUGGAGCUACAUGUAUCAUCCCCUGAGAAAUGGAGUGAGGAGGAAACUCCAUCAGAAUCCCUUAUCAGUGAGGUAACAGAAGAAACUGGUAAGACCUCACUUACGGCUGAAGAGGAAACAGCCAAUGAAGCUGGAAGUGGUGAAUCAAAAGUGCAGUCUGAGAGUCAAGGAGAAGAACCCUUAACGCUGUUUGAUCCAUUGAUCCUUGAGUCUCUGGCAAAACCUUCAGAAGACACUGUAUCGGAGGAGGUUUUAAAUGCAGAUGAGUCAGAAGAUCUGACUGAUGAAAGUACGUUAGUAGAGGAGGGCAGUGAAGAAUUUGAAAAGACCAUCACUGAAAAUACAGCUGCUUCAGCAUCAAAGGAAGAGCCCUCUGGCAAUGGUCCACCCAACUCCGUGGUUACUGAAGUAGCUGUUUCUGAAAAGGUAUCUCCCAAAACAGCUUCCUCGCUGGAAGAUCAAAAUGAGGAAGCAGGGCACAACUCACAGGAGGCCCCUGCUGCCUUGAGUCAGAGCUCUUCGGAAAUUGAGGGUGUUCCUUUUCAGCAGCCUUCUGGACAAGAAGGGCAGAAGAACCAGUUGGAAGAGCCCUCAGAAGAAUUGUCUGAGCAGACGGAUAAGUUCACGCAUACAGCAGAGCAGGCUGCUGACAGCAGCUCUGAGGAAGCAGAGAUUGAGGUACCCAUUGUAGAUCGGAGAAACUUGCGAAGAAAGGCCAAAGGCUACAAAGGUCCACCCAAGAAAAAAGGAAAGCCAGCUUAA